GAGAGCUGAGAGCGGACAGACACAUACACACAAAUAGAGCUACAGCUGAGUGAGACUGCAGAGAGACAGACAGAUAAACAGCUCACCCACAGAAAGACAAGAGUUGGAGUCAUUGUCAUGUUGGUGGUGCUACUGAUCCUGCAUGCCGUCUCGUGUGCCCAUUCUCACGGGCCGCCGGGUGCCGCUGUGCCUGGUAAGCAGUGCCCAUCUGCAUGCCAGUGUGAGGAGGAUGGCAUCCUACUACUCGUGGACUGCUCUGAACAAGGACUAUCCAGUGUGCCAACUGACCUGAGUCCUUUGACAUCUUACCUGGAUCUCAGUAUGAACAACAUCAGUGAGAUUCAGCCCAACACUUUCCACAACCUGCACUUCCUCAGUGAACUGAGACUUUCGGGCAACCACCUGAGACACAUCCCUGGCCCCGUGCUCCAAGGCCUCUACAACCUCAAAGUCCUGAGACUUUCGGGCAACCACCUGAGACACAUCCCUGGCCCCGUGCUCCAAGGCCUCUACAACCUCAAAGUCCUGCGUCUGGAUGCCAACCUGAUUAUGGAGGUGCCAGCAAGGACCCUCUCGGGUAUGCGGUCCCUGCGACACUUGUGGCUUGAUGACAAUGCCCUGACAGAGAUCCCAGUAAGUGCCCUCAACGACCUCUCCUCGCUCCAGGCUAUGACCCUUGCCCUAAACCGCAUCACCCACAUCCCAGACUAUGCCUUCAGGAACCUUUCCAACUUGGUUGUGCUGCAUCUUCAUAACAACAUGAUCCGGACCCUCGGACAGAACUGCUUUGAGGGACUGCACAGCCUCGAGACUCUGGAAUUGAACUUCAAUGACCUUCAGGAGUUCCCCGUGGCCAUUCGCACACUCACCAAGCUUCAGGAACUGGGUUUCCAUAACAACAACAUUAAGGCCAUUCCCGAGAGAGCGUUUGUGGGGAACCCACUUCUGCAGACCAUUCAUUUCUACGAGAAUCCCAUUCAGUUUGUUGGCAGAUCAGCAUUUCAAUUCUUGCCAAAGUUACACACGCUCUCUUUGAACGGGGCCACUGAGAUCCGAGAGUUUCCAGAUUUGAAAGGAACCACCAGCCUGCAAGUUCUUACGCUGACCCGAGCUGGACUGACCGGCCUGCCAUUUGAUCUCUGCCACCUGCUGCCUAAAUUAAGAGUGCUGGAGCUGUCGCACAAUGCCAUCGAAGAGCUGCCGAGUUUCUACCACUGUGCCUCUCUUCAAGAGAUAGGCCUGCAGCAUAAUCUGAUCAAACAGAUUGAGAUGAACACAUUCCAACAGCUCAGCUCUCUGCGCUCACUGGAUCUAAGCUGGAACAGGAUCAACACCAUCCACCCUGAUGCAUUUUCCUCUCUUCAGUCACUCAUUAAACUAGAUCUCACUGGGAACCGAUUGAGCAGUCUCCCGCUCACUGGGCUAACAAGCCUUACUCAUCUUAAACUGAAAGGAAACAUGGCACUCUCGCGUUCCUUCAGAGAAGAGGACUUCCCCAACAUAAGGGUCAUUGAGAUGCCAUAUGCCUAUCAGUGCUGUGUUUUUGGAGCCUGCAAAGGCUACAAAGCAGCCAGCCAGUGGGAAGAACAGAUGGGCAGUGAAGAGGAAGAUGUCCAGAAGAAAGCUCUGUCCCUGUUCCCCAUUCACACCGACACCAACUAUGACCUUGACUUUGAGGAAUUCCAGUUAGCUAUUGAAGAGUCCAAACUGCAAACCAGCAUACAGUGUACCCCCAUCCCAGGUCCAUUUAAACCAUGUGAUAACCUGUUUGACAGUUGGGUGGUACGGCUUGGCAUGUGGCUCAUCUCUUUGGUCUCGCUGAUGGGGAACAGCCUUCUCCUCAUGACAGUCUUUGCAUCCCCCAGCUAUCUCUCCCCUGUUAAGUUCAUCAUCGGCACCAUCAGUGGCACCAACCUGCUUACAGGCCUGUGUACUGGCACCCUGGCAUUGGUUGACGCCAGGACAUUUGGAGAGUUCGCCCUGCACGGCGCUCAAUGGGAAAUGGGUACAGGAUGCCAAGCAACAGGCUUUCUUUUAGUUCUAGCCUCGGAGGGCUCCAUACUCUUCCUGACCUUGGCUGCAGUGCAGUGCAGCGUAUCCGUGUCGUGCGCUCGAGCCUACGGAAAGUCGCCCUCUCUGGGAAGCGUGCGAGCCGCAGCAGUGGCGUGCUUGGCACUUUCGUUGGCAGUCGCCGCUUUGCCGCUUAUUGGGGUCGGGGAGUACGGGGUAACUCCGCUCUGCAUGCCAUCACCACUGCCAGAUGGCGAACCUUCCACAUUGGGAUUCAUGGUCGCGCUGAUAAUGAUGAACUCCCUGUGUUUCCUGGUGAUCACCGGAACUUACAUUAAACUGUACUGGGACCUGAUGAAGGGAGACUUUGACAGCAUUUGGGAUUGCGCCAUGAUCAAGCACGUGGCCUGGCUUAUCUUCACCAACUGCCUGCUCUACUGCCCUGUGGCCUUCCUCACCUUCUCCUCCCUUCUGGGACUCUUUCCUGUGAGCGAGGAGGUUGUCAAAUCAGUCGUCCUGGUGCUUCUGCCUCUUCCUGCAAGCAUCAACCCCUUGCUCUACCUCCUCUUUAACCCGCACUUCCGUGAAGAUGCACGUCUGCUUUUGAGCAGAGCUCACCUCCAUCAUGACCGCAACCUGGAUUCCUUCAUCUCUGUUGACACAGAGAAAAGCUCCUAUGACUCCACUCAAGCCUUGGUGUCCUUUGCCGCUGAAGCAGAUGCAGCGUAUGAGAGUUCAUCGGCACCAAACUCAGAGACAGUUGCCCGGUUUUCUUGCCCACCCUCAGUGCCUCUCAUCACAUGCCAGAUGCAGAUGAAACCCUCAACAGAAAGGGAUAACGUUGCAGAGAAUCUGGUCAGGUCAACACCAGGACUCACUGUCAAAGAGCAGGAGCACCUUAGGAGCAGUGGACUGGACACUCAUAAUGGAACCUCCUUCUCUGGAGUCUACCACUCCCCACAUCUCUCAACUCAUUUUUAAGUCUUCUCUUAAACUCUAAAGUUUUUAAGGACCCUUUGAGCACAAGAAGUCAUGAGCCCACACAUGAACUGACCGCUAAAACCUUCAGAGCUAAUGAACAAUGAACUUUUAAUUUGGGACUAUAUAUAACCAUACAGUCCCAACUGCUACAUGGCAUUCUUAAAGAAAAGAAAAGAAAGCCUAAUCACAUUUUUUUGACACAUCUUGUGGGCCCUUAAGUAAUUUAAGCAACAAUCUUAAAAUGUUCAAAAACAAAUCUGCAUUUAUUUUUUGCAACUUGUUUGUGUAAUUAGGUUUAAAGGAAUGUUUUGGGUUUAAUAUAAUCUCCAUCCAUGGAAUAUUGAUGAUUUUCACAUAAAAAACAUUAUUUUUUGACUCAACCCUCUAUUUAAACAAGUAAUGCAUUAUGUACAUACAAUGGACGUCUAUGGGACAAAAAAACUGCACCGGCAUUAAAAAUGUAAAUGCACACUGCAUCUACAAAACAGUGUCAAACAAAGACAAAUCCAAUGACAGAAAUUUUGUUGGUAAUGCAUAACCAGAAAUGAAUCCACCAACAGUGGUCUCACAUCUCAUGAGCAUUGCAUUUCAUUGUUUUGAACAUGGGACAUUCCUUUAAUUAGGAAAUAUCACAGGGAUGUUUGCUGAUGUACAAGGAGUUAUGCAUCUAAAUAUUUCAAUGUGAAAAAUGUCUCUACAAAAAGCUCGAUUCUUAUGUACUCAAACUUUUAUGCAUUCAUUUCCAAGUGUGUAUAUAUCAAAGUCAUUUAAUUAUUUGUCUCGUUAAUUAUUUGCAAGUCAUCACUUGCUUACUUGCCCCUAGUGAAUAACAAAAAAAAGUAUGGGAAGGUAAAUACCGAUGUAUAUUGUCAAAUAAUAUUUAGUGUAUUGAAAAACGAAAAAA